AUGUCUGAAAUCGCAGACCCUUUAGAAGAAUUAUCUCAAGCCACAGUAACUCUGGACCCAAUUCGAUAUUAUAACACAUUAAACUCAUUUCCAGGCGAUAUAUGAGAUAUGCUCUCCACAGAAUCCAACAAUAGUGAUUUUUAUCUAGUUUUCCAUGAAAUUGCACUAUCUGUAAUUAGAGAACAAAAGCUAUUACUCUCUUCUUGCUAACAAAAAUAUUUUUGAAAAGUCCUACUUUUUCAGAUAAUUAACCCUUCUUUUCAAGCAAAAUAUUUUACUUAUUUUAGCUAGAUAUAUUUAAUGAUUAUAAUGAUCAGAUUUCUAGAUAAUAUUAUUAAAUUUUAGACAUUUUUCAUUUGCAAAUGGAUUGAAAAACCUAUAAAGUAUUUUUUAUAAGAACUUUGCAAACAAUUGACUCCUUCGUUAUCGAAAAAAAUUUGGUCACUAGCUAGCUAAAGGGCGAUAUAGAGUUUUUAGAUCAAGCAGUUCUAUUUGUAAAUAUCAUUCAGAUAAAAAAUAAGUACCCAGACAAUUACGCAGAAGUAUUUAAACGCCUGCUUAAUCAUAAAGAUAAUGAUGAAGGAAGGACCCCACUUCAUAUUGCUAUUAUGGCAGGUCGCAGGGUAAAUCAUAUUCAGAAUCUAACAUAUUGUUAUCUUAAACUAGGAGCAGACUGCACAAUUGUGGAUUCCAAAGGAAAAGGAGUUAUUCAUCUUGCUGCAUCUGCAGGUCAGCUUGCUUUGAUUGCGAGAUUUCAUAAAGAGUUCAAAAUACCGCUAGACAUCAAAGAUAAUGAUGGGAGAACUGCACUUCAUACCGCUGCUUUUGAAGGCCAAGAACAAAGCUCCACUGCGCUAAUUGCCUGAAGCCAAGACAUGAAUGAGCAGGAUAACGAAGGAAACACACCUUUACAUUUAUCAACAUUGGCUAAAAGCUACAGAAUUAUAAGACAUUUACUCAUGCGUGGAGCAAGCAGAGAGAUCAGGAAUAAUGAAGGCUUCACUGCAUUAAACCUUGCAGAGCAGCAUGGUGCAUCAAUUCAAAUCCGAGAAGCCCUAAGCUCGCAGUCAUGAUUUGCUAAUUUCAACCCGAUUGGGACACCUUUAAAGUAUUAAACUAACAUUACUUAUAGAGGAGUCCUCUGCAGAGCAUGCAGUCAAUUAAGUCCGACGCUGAUCCCCGCCAAACGAAGUAAAACCCGGUCGAAUGCACCUUUCCGAAGGCUGACUCCUUUCCACAAGGUCGGCCUUUCCCAAUGAACCUACCGGCUGCAGAUUUUAAGAAGUCAGGUUGGGCUACUACGCUAUUUUAAUUUGCAUGCGCCUUUAAAGCCAGUUGCGAAUUCAUAUGCAGCAUUUUGUGUGUUUCUUUUUGUAUUUGUAGGGAGAUGAGCAUCAAUUUUUUUAUUUGUAAUACCACACUUGGAAUUUUGGUUUGGGGUUGCAUUUUGUGUCUCAUUUGUGGCGAAUUUUAUAUUGUUUCAAAUUGCAUCAAAUACAAAUCCUGGAUAUGCAGAAAGAGACCCCAAAAUGAAUAUUUUUAGAUUGUAUGAGACAUAUAAUGGCGAUUUUGUGUGUGCAUAUUGUGAGGUUAGAAGAUCGUACCAAAUAAAGCAUUGCCAGCAUUGCAAUAGAUGUGUGAAAAAAUUUGAUCAUCAUUGCCCAUGGAUUCAUAAUUGUGUAGGGAAAAAGUAUUCUCUAUUUAGCAACCAUUUUUCAUUUUUUCUGUUUCUUUUGGUUAUAGAAACGGAUUUUUUAUAUACAUUUAUUAUAGGAAUUUUAGAUGAAUUAGAGAUUGUGCAAGGUGAUGGCUUGUAUCAUGAAAUCUUUGAAAAUGAACCUUGGCACUCUUGCGGUGAAACUGUAUCGUUUAUUGUUGGUAUAAUAAGCGGAGUGCUAUUUCUUUUAGUUUUGCCUUUAUUUUAUGUCCAAUUAGUAAAUGUGAUAAAGAAUACCACAACUCAUCAAAGAUUUGCAUAUAACGUAUUGUUUAAGCAGAAAACAAAAGAUGUAAAAGGCAGAGAAAGUCGAGUGUCUGCAGAUUCUGAUACAAGUUCAAUGCUCUUACUAUCUCUUCUAAUAAGCAUGCAAAUUAAGAAAAUCAUAUAUUUUUGAGAAAUUAACCCUCCAUGAGCAAAUAUAAUAAAAAAAUAUAAAUAAUCUGAAUUCUAUAAGUCCAGCGAAAUGAAUUCCUGAAAUAAUUUAUAGUUAGUGACACUGACUAUAUAAAAAAUUAGACCAAAAAGAGGACAAAAAUAUUUAGUAUUCUUGGAAGCGAUAAAGUUAGCAAAUGAAGAUAAUGAAAUCACACAUUUAACUGGGAGGCUUUCCCCAAUAAGCGAUAGUGAAGUAUCUGUGCAGGAAACCACAACAAAAUGCUUCUGCUUCAAGAAAAAAUCAAUAGUUGAUUGACAAAAAUUAAAUGAAGAAGAAUCAAAUAAAGGAUAG